AGCUAUAAUUAUGGGUGAAUGGGCACAUGGACUUAUGGGAUGUAUGGAUGACAUUGGAACCUGUUUGAUAGCAUGGAUAGUACCCUGUGUAACAUUCGGACAAAACGCGGAGGCAGCUGGAACCGCUAGUUCUUGUCUAAUCGGAGGUAUCUUGUUCCUCAUUCCUCUGGUGAAUCUUGUGUGCUGGUUUCAAACAAGAGGGGCAAUUAGGGAACAACAUGGAAUUGAGGGUUCGUUAGUGUCUGAUAUUCUGGCUAUCUUCUGCUGUCCACUGUGCGCUUUGGUACAGGAAGCACAGCAAGUCAAGUCCGGUCCAGGUGGAGGCGUUGCCAGAUCCUAAGUCUCGUGGGCUACCUAUAAGUGUCCGAACUCGAGAAGGUUAUAGAGGAAACUACAAAUAUUCACCAUUUCUAAUCAUCUACAGAGAUUUGUCAAGGUGCUCGACAGUUUUAACUUAAAGGUUAAUUUGUUUUACAUUCGGCAUUAGAAGUUGGUGUAGAUUUUGUUUGGAUAGACAAUAUACAUAAUAUUGUGAUUACAUAGUAAUAUAGAUUCGUUUUUUUAGCUUUUCUCACUAAAUGUUUGUGUUUAGAACUUAUUGAAGAUAUUGAAUGGCGAAUUUCCUUUUUACUAGAGUUUAGUCUUUUAAUAAAGCAUGUUUUCAACCAAACUAUAUAAAAUGAAAUUUCAGGGUGUUUCAAAUGUCUUGUUAGGAUGUACUUUUUGAAUAAUUUGUUAUCCAUUUGUCUAACGUCCAAACAGUGGUUAAGGGUGUUCCAGUUUCCUUGCUGAUCGCUUGGGAGAAUUAUUAAGCUUUCUCUUAAUUUUCUUGAUAUUCGAUACUGAUCUCCUUCUUAGAACUCCCCAAGUUAGUAUAAUAUCAAUCUACUUUAUAUAGAGCUGUAUUUGUACUGUGCACAACAGCAAGACAGUGACGCUUCCGAUACCAUACACAUAGAUGCUUCAUCGUGCACCGGACAAUAAAAUACUGUAUUCCAUGCCGUGGUGUUUCUUCAGCAAUUAAUUCUCAGUCAGAUACUGCAUUCAUGGUGGCUGGGCAAAUUCACUGUUGAAUCAUUUUGCAAUUUAUUUGUCCAUCAGAAUUGCUGUUAAUUUAUAUUUUUGAUUUUACCUCGGUUGCUAGGGGACCGAUUCCGGCUGCUUAUAUGGUGGUCAUGGUAACGUAAAACAUUCAGAAGUCACCAUUAAACCUUAAAACUACAAGUAACGUUUUACACAAUGAAGUUUAGACAAAUGGAUAAAAAGUUAUUAAAAAAGUACAUUCUAACAAGACUUUUGAAACACCCUGUACUUGUAGUUGUUACAAACCAGUUCUUUGUUAUUUAGAUUUAUUAAUUAUAUUUAUAAUUAUUAUUCAUAAUUAUCUAAUAUCUUCUUAUCUUGAAUUCAACUGUUAUUGGCAGAGUUUUUUUUCGGGAGUUUAUAUAAUCCCAAAUUGAGUUUUUUAUUGACAUAAUAUACAUAUGAUAUUUAGCACAUCACAGUAAUCAAAACUUGCGAA